UUAAUACUUAUCAUCAUCGUUUUCUUUGCGAAAUAUGGACAGUUUUAUUUUCUCGAGUAAACGUUAUACAAAGUGAAAAGAAACAAAAUAAAAAGAAUCUUAAAAGAAAAAAACCACUCAGCUCUCCGCACCAUGUAUAGUGGGAAGAACUCUUUUUCGAAUCUGAACGUCUUUUAAGCUCAAAAAAGACGAGCAUUCCCCAGAAAGACAUCCUGUCACCUAAUCCCCGGAACUCGAGGAAGAAAGAACCCAGAUAUGAACAGAGAUUGGGUUUUCUAAAGGUUCCAACUCUUUUUCUUGCCCAGAUUUAACAGAGGAGCUCGCUUGAAAGAAUGCAAAACAGGCCAUCGCUCUCUCUUGCUUGUUGUCUUACAGAUUGUUUCUCUUUCAGCGUGAUUCUAUAGAUACAUUGAAGUCCUUUUUUGUUUUAUUGGAUCUUGAACUGUCUUAUCAAUGUCCAUAAAGUAGAAUAUUAUUAGGAGUUGAGCUUAUUUGUGGUCUUGUGAAGAGAUAAAGAUUUUUCUAUUCCUGGCUUGAUGGGUAAAGAGAAUCAGUUGGAGACAGGAGUCAAUGAUCACGAUUGUCCACCGAUCAAGAACGAGGAACUAGCAGCUGUGGCGCGUUACAGUACAGACAGUGACUCCGGGUUACCGACUUGUCGUGUAUGCCAUUCUGCAGAAUCCGACAAACGAGGAGAUACUGCCUUAGGGUUCUUGGGGAUCACUCCUACCGUUCUUCUUCCAGAAGCUCUUAAAACCGAAACAGUUGAUGAUGAUGAUGAUGUCAGCAAAGCUACAGAGGCUGCUGAGCAGAAGAGUUCCAUCGUCAAUGAUAUCGAAAUGGGAAUGGUGCAGCACCAGGAUCCAUUGAUUGAGCUUGGAUGUUCUUGCAAGAACGAGCUUGCUUUGGUACACUACGCUUGCGCGCUCAAAUGGUUUCUCAACCACGGAUCAACCGUGUGUGAAAUCUGUGGGAUAGCUGCUGAGAAUAUAAAAACCGCUGACUUCAACAAAGUGGUCAUUGCCUUGAGAGAUUACACGGCGCUGCAUACAGAUUCAACUGUAGAUACAGAUGAAGCUGCUGGCAUUAGAAGGCAAAGGCUAAGUGAGAUAUCUUCAUGGUUUGGCCCCCAUGCCCUUAAUAACAACAACAACAACAGUAGUAGCUCUGCUGCAGCUUCUCAGGCUAUGCCUGAACAACCUUUAGGUGCUGUGAACUUUGGUGUCUUGCCUAUGGAGAACCGUGCAACUAAAUGGGCUGUGGAAGGUACAGGGAUUCUUCUUGCUACCGGUUUGCUCACUGUUACUUUGGUCUGGAUCAUUGCUCCUCGUGUUGGAAAGGAGACUGCUAGGAGUGGACUUCAUAUCCUUCUUGGUGGUCUAUGUGCUUUAAUAAUAGUCAUCUUCUUCAGAUUUGUUGUGCUCACUAGGAUCAGGUAUGGUCCUGCACGCUACUGGGCAAUCUUGUUCAUCUUCUGGUUUCUUGUGUUUGGUAUUUGGGCUUCUCGUUCCAGUUCUCACAAUAACUCUUGAAUCCAUCAUCACCUCUCUGCUCUCUCUCUCUCUCUCUCUCUAAAGUCUUUGUAAUCUUUACAAAAAUGUACAUUUGUUUCAUCAAAAGAUAAAUAAGCUCAUGCUCAUUGAUUAUGAUGAAUACAUAUAUGGUCACUGUUUGUAUCAAGAAUCUGAAGUUGAUUGUCUCA